AUGCCGCCGACAUUGAGUUCCGCUCUGAAUUCCUCUUGGGAGGUGACGGCGGGGGUCUCGCUCUUGCUGGGCGUGGUCACUCACCUCACAAUCCGGCCGUUUGAGAUUGACAGCAAAGGAUGGCCGCUGUUCUUCUCAUACAUUGGCGUCCUUGUCGCUUUGCUCUUCAGCUAUGUCACCACCGCAGGCUUCAGUGUCUUUGAUGCCUGGCUGCGCACCACCAUCGUUGCCAAUGCUUUCAACGUCGGCUUGGCUGGCAGCAUCCUGCUGUACAGAGCCUUCUUCCAUAGACUCCAUAAGUUCCCCGGUCCAUUCCUAGCUAAGCUCUCGCGUUUUUAUGCUAUGGCCACAGCUGCCGAGACUCUACAAGCCAAUGUCGUUGCUCAGAAACUCCAUGCCAAGUAUGGCGACUUCGUCCGUGUUGCCAUGUUCUUCGGAUUCGACGUCAUGGGAGAUGUCGGCUUCUCUAAGGACUUCCACAUGUUGGAGUCUGGUGAAGAGCAUUCCGCCACCAAGGGCUUGCAUGACAACAUGACAGCCGUGGGAGUUCUUGGAACUGUACCAUGGCUCAUGUCAAUGCUUAGCAAGAUCCCCGGCGCAACUGGCAGCUAUGCACGAUUUACAGAUUGGUGCGGUCGUGAGCUUGCCGCGAAGCGUGAGGUCGUUGCCCACGAAAAGGCAUCACUUAAAGACCAAGAACCUAGGGAUGUCAUGACUUGGCUCCUGAAGGCCCAAGAUGAUGGAGACAACUCUGCGCCGCCUGGCGAGGGUGCUUUCCAGGAAGACUCGCGCCUCAUGAUUAUUGCCGGCAGUGAUACCACUAGCGUUGCUUUUACAAACGCUCUGUAUUAUCUGACCAAAUACCCUGCCACAUAUCGUAAGCUUCAGGAGGAGCUUGCGGCCGUGUUCCCUGGUGGAGAUGGGGAUUGGACAUACGACAAGGCCAAGACUGUUUCAUAUCUCGACUACAUCAUUCAGGAGACUCUGAGGUUGAAGCCAUCCAUCCCGGCAGGUUUGGUGAGGUUGACCCCCGCUACUGGCCUGCAGAUCGACGAGGUCUUCAUUCCAGGCGAUACCAUUGUCUCUGUACCGGCCUAUGCUGUUCAGAGAGACGCACGCUACUGGGACAACGCCCUCGAGUUUGUCCCAGAGCGGUGGGAGAAACUAUCAACGGAAAAGGCACCCUGGAUCCCCUUCAGUAGAGGCCAAUUCAGCUGCCCCGGUAGAAAUCUCGCCUUCCUCGAGCUCCGAAUGGUUCUCAGUCGCAUUGCCCUCCGAUACAACUUGUCUUUUGCCCCUGGAACUGAUGUCGAGAAAUUCGAUACUGACAUCAAGGACACGUUCACCCUCAACGUUCCCGAGCUGCCAUUGAUUUUUACUGCGAGAUAG